AUGACUGACAGCCAACCCACGUAUCAGGACUGUCCCAACCUGUGGGAUCCAUGUCUAGAACUCAACCUAGACACACUCUGGGGUGUCGAUCUGACAGGAGUCGAUCUAGGCCCUGCCCCAGUAUUAAGUCAAGUUCAACAGCAAGACACAAUCAUGACAGGGACUACCGAUCCUAACCAACAAUCUGUCUCGCGAAUAAACGCCCAAAUCCAACCGCAAGCUCAAGCCCAACCCCAAGCCCAACCCCAGACGACAGCCCAAAACGAAGCAGACAGGGAAUGGAAAACAUUCAUCGGGGAAAUGAUGCCGGACCGAGUGCAAUUGGUAGCGCAAUACAGCCGUGACGCCCAGUAUCAUCAGUCACUUUACGCCCAGCAACAUCAGCAAGGCUUCUCCUCCCAAGCAGCAGCAGCUUCCUCUACUUCCACGCCAACAGUAUCAACCACAACCCCAACACCAAUGAACCAAUUCGACAAAUUGCUGCAAAACCAGCAUCCCCAAACACCGCAAUCAAAACAACCCGCAACCCGACAAGACCUGGAAAAAGAAGUGAACGCCCUAACCCGCCGCCUCGCCUUGGAAAAGGACUAUCUCUGCGAGCGCAAUAAUAGACUCAACUUCUUCAGCCAGUGCCUCGCAAGUUUGCGGGAGAUUCUUCAGCAUGAGCGGUUACAGGGAAAUGACAAGGUUGGACUCGAGGAGUGGAUUGCAGAUAUGGCGGUUUUGGUUCAUGAUUUACGGGUUGCUAUUGAUGGGGACGAGGAGUCGAUUAGAGAGGUUGAGGGAAGAUUGAGGGCGGUUUUUAGCGAGUUGGGUGCGGUACCUGCAUAG